GUUGGAUCGUCUGCUUUGCUUCUUCAUUGUGCGAUAUGGACGAGCGAACGUUCUGAGGAUCGUCAUCCUCUUGCAUCCUCCCAGCCCGGCCCAGGUACUUGAAGCUUCCACCCUCUGACUCGAUUCCGCCAGGGUCGACCCACCAGAGACCGCUCCCUGACCCUCCGGCCAUCGGUCUGACACUGACAUCCUCCAAAACCCCAGGCUCGCUCACAUGCCAACUACGGAUCAUCCGUCUUGAUAUUCUUUUCCACAACUCCCGCAGUCCCCUUCGCCAGCGCCCACUCGUGUCUGCUAAAUCACAACAUGCCGUCAUGAGGGGCCCAAGUUCCCCAUUGAGGUGCCUGGCCCUGCCCAGGGGCCUUUUCCAUCCGCAUGGCUCCAGCUUCUUCCGCCAGUGGCCUCGCCGCUUCAUGGCCACCUCCCACGCCACCGGCACGUCGCCCUCUGCCCACGAGUGGUCACAUCCUCCCACCACCGCAGCCGUCACGGACGAGGAGAUUGCCAACCUCACCAGCAAGCGUCAGCACGCUCUCAGCCUGGCAGACUUAGUCAAGCACGGUCGUCCACCCCUCUCGUCCGAGGCUCUCUUCUCCUCUGCCAACUUUACUCUUUCCCUUCUCCCGAUCCGCCUCGCCCACCGCAUACAGGCCCUGCGCAACUUGCCCUUCAUCGUCGUCUCCAACCCAAAUAUCAGCCGCAUCUACAACAACUACCUUCACUCCCUCUCCACGCUGCUCCCCUGGCAGCACCACACAAUCUCGAACCUCGACGACGAGAUUCGUUUCACCUCGGUCCUCGCGGACCUUGUCGCCACCCACCAGGACACCAUCCCCAUCCUCGCAAAAGGCUUUCUCGAGUGCCGCCGCUACAUCUCCCCCACAGAAGUCACCCGCUUCCUCGACACCCACCUCCGCACCCGGAUCGGCACCCGGCUCAUCGCGGAGCAGCACAUUGCCCUGCACUACAGCAGCGUGCCGCACUUUGACCCCUCUGCCAGCCCGACCCCGUGCCCAGAGCACCCGAGCUAUGUCGGUGUCAUCGACACGGCGCUCUGCCCCGCGCAGGUCGUCGAGUCGUGCGCCCAGUUCGUCGCCGAGAUCUGCGAGCUCAAGUACGGCGUGCGGCCCAAGUGGAUCAUCGACGGCGAGCCAAACACCACUUUCGCCUUUGUGCCCAUGCACCUCGAGUACAUUGUCACCGAGCUGCUCAAGAACGCCUUCCGCGCCACGGUCGAGAGCAGGCACAGCAAGGAGCCCAUAGUCAUCACCAUCGCCCCGGAGCCCGCCGACACCGAAGACGGCAACGGCGACGGCAGCGACGCCUCCGGCUCCGCCACGGGGAAAGUGACCCUCCCGCCUUCCGAGACGGACAGGGGCGCCUUCCGGUCAGAAGACAUCUCCCCGCUCGAUGACAACGCGCCGGGCGUGACGAUCCGCAUCCGCGACCGGGGCGGCGGCGUGAGCCCCGAGGUCCUGCCCAACAUCUGGAGCUACAGCUUCACCACUUUCAGCGAGGAGGACGAGAUCCCCGGCAUCAGCUACGGCACCCAGGACGCCCUGUCGGUGAUAUCCGCAGCGAGCGGCGGCGGCAGCUCCAUCGCCGGGCUGGGCUACGGAUUGCCCCUGAGCAGAGCCUACGCAGAGUACUUUGGCGGCGGCAUCGGCAUGCAAAGCCUGUAUGGCUGGGGCGCCGACGUAUAUCUCCGGCUCAAGGGUGUCGGGAGUAUAAGAUGAAGCUGUCUUGGUUCACAUCCUGCUCUUUAUUUUCAAUGAAAGAAAGAAGAAAGAAAACGGGAAUGGCGCGAGAGUUUAUGCCGGAGUUUGGGUCAUGAUUGUAUGUUGCACUGUGUCUUUCCAUCAGGUAGGUACGCGGUUUUCGAAUGUUAAAAAUGAGUCAAUGGGGCUUGCUUGCAUCAGGUCGACUGCAGUUACAGCCAUACGUGUCGAAUCUGCAGAUGCCAAGAGCAGGCGUCGUUAACACUAAGGUUGCUAUUGGCUUUGCUGUCCUACCAAGCAGCACACUGUGUAAUGCGCACAGCCCGAGAAUGAGCUCGGAUUGCGUCUAGCAUGACGAUUCGGGCACGGCUUGCAGGGUCAUGGGAGCACGACCAAAUCACUCAAGGUUACGGGAGCUGCGAAGAAUGCA